AGUGAAAUUGUGAAUAUUGAUUCCAACGACUUGAAAGAAUCAAAACAACCUUAAAAAGUGAUGCUCGUUAAAUGAUUUUGAAGGAUUUACAUUCGGACGAAAAAAUCAAAUGUCUAAAGUUUUUAUGUUUAUAAAUAAUUAUUACAAACAAUUCCAAAAUAAUUUAGUUGUUUCGGUUCGUUGUCGAGUCUAAUUUCUGGUUGGACAUUCGUCGGUCGUGGGAGUGCAGUCGACGAGUGGCGCCCUCCUUUUAUGUCGCGGAAAAUUCAGACGAUUUGUAAGAGAUUGUGUUUGUGUAGGAUUUCGAUACUCAACUCCAUUACCGUUUAUUGUCGUAUUUACAAAUUGUGAGUUUGAAAUUAUUUGAAGAGCGCUACGCUCGCAACGGGUUGUGCAUGGACGGAGCUAUUGUAACGAUUAUAACAGUUCUUACUUGGAAAACCAUUUACGAUCAUUGUCGACGGCCUGUCACGGGAGUAAAUGAGGAAACUUUGGGGCCCAUUUUCAUACUUUUCAAUGGGAUAUUCGUAAAAAUCGACACUCGACGUUUCGGUUCUCGAGCGGCAGCAAGAUUGACACUCUUCAAUUCGUGCAGCUCAUCGAGUAACGAAGCAACGAUCAAUAAUUUUUUAUGAAAAUUCGUUAAGGACGGGUUGAAAAAGAAAAAUAACAUUGUUCGACGAUAUCGAAGCCUUUUCGGUAGGAAAUUAUCGAUCGCUCGAAGGACGAAGGCUUUUGAGAGUAUUGACGAAAAAGCUUUUUUCAAAUCGUGUGUUGAGUGGAAUAAAUUGAAAAACGUUGAUGAACACUUGACGAAUUUAUAGUUCGUGACUAAAGGGUCGAAAACGCAUCCGGCUUUACUAUAAAUUCACAUUCUAUAAUCCCGAGUACAAUCGUGACCGGAAAAAUUGAUUCGACUCGAAAUAUCUCUUCCCGAAUCGAGUAAUUGUGACGUAAGUCUGAAAAUUGCGAAAAGCAUUAUUUCCUUCGCACCAAAUCAAUAAACUGAAAUUUACCGAGAGUGGAUCGUGAUGCAAAAUCGGAGAAGCGUCCCUUCGGACGUCGGAUCCUCGAGAAACAGCGAGGGAAGGAAAAAAAGCAUGAGACCAAAAGCUCCGAUGAUUUCACCCAUCGCGGAAAUAGUCCAGGAUCUGAGCAGAUCCACGCUCUCUUCCGGCAGGAAAAAACAUCAGAGAUCGAAACAUCUCGAUACGACUAUCAACCGGAAGCUGGAUUUUGAGGCUGACGCUGACAUCAGUGCUGACAAUGAUGGGCUUUUCAAAAAUGCCUUUAAGAUACGAAGCACGCCCGAGGGUUCAAUAAAAAAUAAAAAACCGAGGGCACGACGGCUUCUCGGGAUGGCGUCGCGACGCCUAUCCAGUCCGGAUACUACAUCGCCGUCCGUCGACAAGGAAAACGGCAGUUCAAGCCCCAUUACCCUCGUAUCUAGCCCUCAGAAGAUAUGUGAUUUGAAAACAUCAAAAGUAUCGAGAUGUCCGUUGGAGGAUUACGAUCCAAACAGUCAAGACAGCGGUUACGGUGCGAGUUAUCCGGACCGUGAAGAGACGACGAUCCUGAAGAGCCGCGAUGGGUUCAGAUUCGCCGAGCCGCUGGGUGUUGCACCUCGUAAAAUGUCGGUCGAGUCCCGCAGUCCCGUACAGUCGCCGUUGCGCUCGUCACCAAAAACACCAAAAAGGCCAUCGUCAUUUUUUCGUAGUUUAUCCUCGGAGUACGAAAGCAUGGACGAUGGUUUCAACGAGCUGAUCGACAUGGAUGGUCUUGUCGAAAGUACCCAAUUAUUGCCAAAUGGCAUUUCAAAUUUGUUGUCCGGACACAUAGUGGCGUCGUCCGAAAAACCAAUGGAAUGCGACGCAGCGACGACUCCGGAAUUCGCGAGAACCAAACCGACGAUAUUGCGAAGAUCUCUGUCGUUGCAAAACGACAGAAUGGACAAGUCUGCCUCGAGCCCAAUUGCUACUCCGCCAUCGAUCUCGAAAGUACGAUCUUGCCUCUUCCGUUCGCCGAACGCAACUUCGUCGACGGCAAAAUUGUCUUACAACGACAAUAAUCCACGUGAAUCAAACUUCUACUCACCCUCGUGUUCACCGCCUACGAAAUCGUUCAAAAGGCCCGAGCCACCGACCGACGCGAGCCCCGUACUAGUCAAAAGAUCCAAAAAAUCCUCAAGCUUACAACAAAUAUCGGAAGCUAUACCAAGCAUAAAACCGGGCUUACAAAGAAGUCACUCGGAAACGGAAGCUCAUGCUCACAUCAAAUCGGCCAUACAUCGUAGCACGACGGACAACGAUUUGACGGGUGAUUUCAGUAAAACUUGUAUAUUACCGCUCGCUGAUGGACAUCACGAAGAUCUUAAAUCAAUAACACCGGAGACUCUUCGAGCGUUGAUGCAAGGUGAAUUUAAAGACAAAAUUGAUUCCUUCACGAUCAUCGAUUGUCGUUAUCCCUACGAAUACGACGGCGGUCAUAUCAACGGUGCCCUAAAUCUCUACAGCAAAGAUCUCAUCGAGCAAAUACUUCUCAAUCCCAGAACGCAAACUCCCUCGAUUGAACCAGCAUCAAAUAAACGGAGUAUCCUCGUAUUUCAUUGCGAAUUCUCGUGGGAGCGUGGACCAAAUUUAUCACGUUUUUUGCGCAAUAUCGACAGACAACGAAACAAAGAGCAUUAUCCGGCGUUACAUUAUCCCGAGGUGUAUCUCUUGCACGGUGGUUACGAGGAGUUCUAUCGUAAGCAGAAGGAGCUUUGUUCUCCACAGGGUUACAGACCUAUGAAGCAUCCUGAUCACGAGGCUGACUUGCGACAAUUUCGCAACAAGAGUAAGAGCUGGCAGGGAGAAAAAUCACGUCUGAACGGUCUUACCGCAAGAGCGAACCUCAAGAGGCUCGGUUUCUGAGCUGUAGCGUGUCGCCGUUCAUAACGCAACAAACAAAAAUGAAAACGAGUCUAAAAAUGUAUACAUAAUAAUUUAUCACGAAUUGGGGCUUAUUCAUUUGAGAUAAUGCCGAAGAUAAAGGGAGGGAGUAUAUUUUAGAAAUAGAAAAUAAUUAGAAAUAAAUUUUCUAUGCCAAGUGGCGGAAGAAGUUGGUUCUCUGGUCUCUCAACCGGGAACGAAACUGCUCCGAAAUACUAAAGAGUGCAAAGCCGGUGAAACGAUUUAUCGAAGAGGUCGAAAUUUGUUGUUUUUUUUCUGUUUUUUUUUUUUCUCAAAGAUAGAUAUAUAUAAAUAUUUUGUUCAAUUCUUUUCUUCGACAUCUUCGAGACGUCAAUAAACCGACAAUCUCGAGAGGUUCGCAUUUUUGAGGGUUCCCUCAUUUCCACUAACUCAGACACAAGGGGUAGGGGGACGUCGAGAGAACUCUUAGAGUUGUCUUGUAAAUAAUUAUAGUCAGUUCUCGAAAUCGAGAGAUACACGUUUAAGUAAUCUAUACCAAUUUUCUAGUACAAGGAAACUAAAAGCGCUUAUUGACGACGACGACGACGACGAUAGUAUGAAAAAAAAAAAUUGUAAAUUAAUGAUAACGACAGAUAAAAAGGAAAAAAAGUAAGGAGAAAAAUACAAAAAAUGCUAUUAUUCAGCUUGCCGUGGCGUGUCCCGCGAUAAAUGUAAAUUAAAUUCAGAGCCUGUAAAUAAAUGUUCAAUAGAAUAGUCAGAGAUUAAGGAGGUGGACGUAUUAUGAUACAUAUGCAUAUGUAUAGACAUAGGAAUUAUAUACACGUAUGUAUGGGAAGCCUUACCGCAUCGAGCAGCGACAAAAUAGUCGAUAAUGCAAUAGCCCGUGCCCAAUCCUAGGGACGGCAAGGGCCUUUUUGGGGCCGCUACAAGAGAUGUUUUAAUGUGUCACAAAUAAUUAUAUAAUGCUUUAUUGUAAUCUCGGGCGGGCAUCCCAUUUGUACAGAUACGACACUAGGACAUAUUUCACGGCGGCUCCUAAAAAUCCUUUCGAAUAAAAAUGUUCAUUUCGCGAUUCUAAUCACGAUAUAAAAGAAGACAAAAUUAAAAAAAAAAAAAACGGAUUAAAUUAUCUUGAUGACAUAAUUUUUAUAUAUGGAAUGAAAAAACAAAAACACAUAAUGUAUCGUUAUUUCGUCGUUGAAGGCGCGCGCGAUUCUAUUACGCAAGACCAUGCGAUUGUCUUAUCGAUAUCCUCAAUAUUCCUCCGAUGUACAAAGAAAACAAAAACGAACAAGAAGACAAAAAUUAUAAUCAAAUCGAAACACUCUCUUGACGGCACGUGUCACGUACGAUAAACGAAUUACAGAAAAAAAGAUACAAAUGAAUGUUUAUUAAAACGAAAUAUAGUCGAAUGUCCACUUACAAAUGUGCAAAGUUCAUAAAUGUUAUAUUGUAAAAAUUAUACCAUGUUAUAUUCAUCUUAACGUAUAAUAUAAUAUGUCGCAAAAUGAAAACAAA